AAUAAUUCUACACCUUCAGAAUGGCGGGGAAUUGUAAUAAUUCGAUAUUAUUAAUAACAGGACCUCCAGGAAUUGGCAAGACUACGCUUGUGCGUCAACUUUGCAAAGAGCUUAUAGAAAGCCAUAAAAUUGUUUGUCGUGGCUUCUACACCAAUGAAAUUCGCAAUUCAAGUCGGCAACGAAUUGGGUUUGAUGUUGUAACGGUUAAUAACGAUAGAAAAGCAACUCUAGCAAGAUCCGAAGUCAAUCACAGAGGCCCCUAUGUGGGAAAGUACGCUGUGUUUGUAAAGGAAUUCGAAGACCUUGUCCUACCUCUUCUGCGAAUAAGAGAAGCUCCGCAACUGCUAGUGUUAGAUGAAAUCGGAAAAAUGGAACUUAAGAGUAAAAAGUUUGAGUCAGCUGUGUAUGCUUGUUUGGAUGCUCGAAUCACAAUCUUGGCUACAAUACCCUUUGAAUUACGCCAACCAAUACCACUGGUUGAAAAAUUAAAAUCUCUUUGCCAAAACAAAAUAGUAGUUGUCACAAAAGAAAAUCGCAAUCAAUUGCCAUAUGAAAUUUUAGAAAAUAUUUUAAAUAUUAUCCAACGAACUUAAUAAAUAUGCUGUAUUGUGAAA